AUGCUCAUGUCUACUCCCCUUCAGAUCCUUGGUCAGGAUGGUCCUCAAGUCUCAUCAGUGGGUCUCGGUUUUGGGAGUAUCAGCGGGUUCUAUGGACCUGCAGGUACCAUUGAUGAGAGAGUAGCACUUUUGGAUUAUGCACACACGAUAGGACUGCGCUUCUGGGAUCUGGCCGACAUUUAUCUCGACGCUGAAGACGUGGUCGGAGAAUGGAUCAAGCGAUCCGGCAAACGCGAUGAGAUAUUCCUUACCACGAAAUUUGCCCUCCAACGUCAGCCUAAUGGAAUGCAUACUUUCCGCUCUGAUCCAGAAUAUGUGAAGUCUGCAUGUGAGAAGAGUCUUGAGAGACUUGGGGUCGAUACCAUCGAUCUUUACUACUGCCACCGUGUGGACGGUGUGACACCCGUGGAAAAGACCAUCGAAGCUAUGGUGGAGCUGAAGAAUGAAGGAAAAGUCCGGUACCUUGGUCUAUCUGGCGUCUCAGCAGACACAUUGCGUCGGGCGCAUGCCGUGCACCCUAUUACGGCACUACAAAUGGAAUAUAGUCUUUUCAAUCUUGAUAUUGAAUCUGGAAUACUGGACACAUGUCGAGAACUAGGAAUCAGGGUCGUGGCAUAUUGCCCGAUUGGUCGCGGUAUUCUGACUGGCCAGUUCCAAUCUCUAGCUGACAUCCCAGAAAAUGACCUCCGUCGAACGCUGCCAAAAUUUUCUGAAGAGAAUUUCCCAAAGCUUAUGGAGAUUGUGCGGAAACUAGAGGGAAUCGGCACUGUCCAUGGAGUGAAGCCAGCACAGGUUGCUUUGGCAUGGUUAUUGGCUCAAGGAGCGGAUAUAAUCCCCAUCCCUGGUACGAAAUCGACUGACAAGAUGGACGAAAAUUUGGCAUCUUCACUCCUUACGUUGAGCAAUGAUGAGUUACAGGAAAUUAGAGAUCUUGUGAAACGAACCGAGAUUCAAGGGACUCAGUACUCCGCCACGUAA